UAGCGGAGGUGUGUGUUUCUGGCCCGUGUCUGAACGGAGGCAGCUGCUCUCCUCAGGGUUCCUCCUUCACCUGCUUCUGCCUCCCAAACUUCAGCGGACUCACCUGUGAGCUGGAGCGGAGUUCGGUGCUGGACACCUGUCUGCUGCAGAACGGAGGCUGUGAGCAUUUCUGUGAUGAAGAUGAGGAAGGACGAAGACUGAAGUGCUCCUGUGCCGAUGGAUACUUCCUGCAUGACGACGGGCGGAACUGCAUCGCUAAAGAGGCCAUAGCGUGCGGCAUGGUUCCGGUUCUGCUCGGGGGAAACAAGGCGGAGCAGGAUCCCCGGGCUCGGAUCGUCGGGGGGGAAGACUGUCCGAAAGGGGAAUGCCCCUGGCAGGUUCUGCUGGUGUACAAAGGGAAAGGGUUCUGUGGAGGAGUGAUCUUUAAACCCUUCUGGAUCCUCACAGCCUCUCACUGCAUAGAGGACACCGAGGUCCAGUUCCUCAAAGUGGUCGCAGGCGAGCACAACACGGCGGUGUCGGAGGGCACGGAGCAGCUGAUCUCGGUGUCUCAGAUCUUGAUGCACGAGGGCUACGUGAAGCGCACGGCGAAUAACGACAUUGCGCUGUUAAAGCUAUCGUCGCCCGUGAUCUUCUCUGCGUUCGCCGUGCCCGCCUGCCUGCCCACGCGUUCGCUGGCAGAGCGCGAGCUGUGGGCCGUGAGCGAGCACACGGUGAGCGGCUGGGGGCGGCGCGCGGAGAACGGGCCGACCUCUAACGUCCUGCGGCGCCUGAAGGUGCCGAGGAUCCGGACGCAGCAGUGCGAGGAGCAGAGCGGCGUGAAGCUAACGGCUAACAUGUUCUGCGCCGGCUACAUCGAGGGUCGUCAGGACUCGUGUAAAGGAGACAGCGGCGGCCCAUUGGUCACUCAGUACCACCGGACCACCUUCCUAUUGGGCAUCGUGAGCUGGGGGCGGGGCUGUGCUCGGCCCGGGAACUACGGCAUCUACACCCGCGUGUCCAACUUCCUGCCCUGGAUACACAACCACACCAGGGCCCCGAACGCACCGCAAGAGAACCAGAACAUGACCCUAAACGCACCGCCGGGGAACCAGAACGUGACCCUGAGCGCGACGCCGGGGAACCAGAACGUGACCCUGAGCGCACCGCCGGGGAACCAGAACGUGACCCUGAGCGCACCGCCGGGGAACCAGAACGUGACCCUGAGCGCAACGCAGGGGAACCACAGUGUGACCCUGAACGCACCGCAGGGGAACCACAGCGUGACCCUGAACGCACCGUAAUAAUAAUCCAUCUUUAGAGUAAAAAUACAAAAAGACAAAUCAAA